GAAGACGCACGGAGAUUAGACCAUCUCUCUGUGCGUUUGGCUGUUGAUGCUUGGAUAAAAGGGAGAUAAUGGACACACUGGAGGUGGAUUUUCUGUUUUAUCGUUCUACGCUUAAAGGACAUUUAUAGAAAACGGACAUGAACUGGUCUGAAAGCAUGUGUGAUCUCCAUGGGGCUGAAUGGGACGCUCGCAUCCGCUCCACUGUGGACUGAUUCUCGUCUUUUUACACCUUCACCAUGAGGCUCGUCUCCGCAAACUUCUUGGCACUGCUGUUCAUGUGCGCCAUCGGGAGCGUGUUUUACGUGUGGAGCGCGUUGGAGAGCCGCUUGGAGCGACACAAGAGGGGAUUCACAAUACCAGGGGGAGCUCUCCCUGCGGACCUCUCCUCGAAAAGUUUCCGUGCGUUGCUGGCUGUCCCGGUGGCACCACAGAAAGCUCACUUGGGAGGUCGCAACGUCACGGAUCACACGUUAGGAAGCAGUCAUUACCAUCUGAAUGGAUACAACAAGAGACGGUCAGCGAGGACAGGGGGUCCGGUCAAGUUAGGAGGCUCCCCUCUGGAGGAUGGGAUAUUCUGGAGCGAACGGUUAGAGGAGCUGCUUCCAGUGGGCUUCACGGAGGAGGACGCGCGGGAGUGGAGGGAGAAAGCCAGAGAAUAUCGCAUUGUGAAGCUAGAGACUGGCUGUGGGAGGAUAUCCAAUCAGCUCGCCACUUUUGAGGACGGUUCUAAAGCUUGUGUGCGUUAUGGCAUCAACGCGGAUCAAGUGCAAGGGGAAACUCUGACGUAUUACCUCGCUUGUCUGUUGGGCAUUACGAACCUGCCUCCUCUGGUGCUGUCCCAGCUUAGUACUGACAGCGAGCAGUGGCAGGCAGUAAGGACGCGCGUGGAGGGGCUACAGUGGAGCGAAAGAGCCGUGGUCUCGCUCACGCAGUGGGUUUCUAACCUGACCGGAGUGGUGACACCUGCCCCGCUGAGGCAGGAGAGCAGCGGGCUUCACCCCAGCCUCAAACAACUGUGGAACCAAAGCGCAGCAGAGCUGCUGGAGCUCAUGCAAUGGUCAGACCUCAUUAUUUUGGACUAUUUGACCGCGAACUUUGACAGGCUGGUGAGUAAUCUGUUCAGCCUGCAGUGGGACUCGCGUAUUAUGGAGCGAGACACCAACAACCUGCUCAGAACGCCUCGCGGAGACUUGGUUUUUAUAGAUAAUGAGGCAGGACUCGUGCAUGGAUACAGAGUGUUAGACAUGUGGGAGAAAUAUCACAAGACUGUGCUGAGUUCUGUGUGCGUCUUCAGGCGGAGGACAGCGCAGCGCGUGGCCGAGCUGCACAGGCGCAGAGACGCCCGGACCAGGCUCGUGGAGCUCUAUCGAGACAGCGAGCCUUUGUACUUUCACUUGGGCUUCCUGUCGGACGAGCACGCCGCGCUGCUCCAGGACAGAAUAGACACGUUGCACAGACACAUAUUGCACUGCAAAGCAAAGUACAGCCAGCUGUGAACAAUGGAAAGCAGGUGUUCCGUCGCCUUUGCGCACGAUACACCUGCGCAAGCUGUCUUCACUGCAACUACCUCAUGUGAAUAGAUGCCUACUUUAUACAUGAUACAGCUGAACACGUGUUUGUAAGCUCUUUUUUGUAUUUUCACUGUAUGCCUCAUAGUACGGAUUCCUUAGACUCUGUGUCUUAUUUCGGUGCAAGGGCAAAAGCUUUUAUCCGUUUGAACCUGCCUUGUACUGGUUAAUCUUAGCCUUAAGUUAUCCCUUGACUAAUGUAUUUCUGUUGCUGGCUUUACAUUUUUGCACUGUUACUUUAUCACAGAUAGUUCAAGCACUCUAUAGUCUGUGUUUAGCCUUAAAGCCACAUUUAGUGUAUAUUUUGUAAUUAAGUUGUAAAUAUUGUCUGCUUUUGUACAUUUGAAGCACCUUUAAUUUAACAUGCAUUGUAACAUUCCUCACCAACUUUUGAUAAAUACAGUAAUUUAAGACAUAAAACUUC